AUGCCCAUCACAAUCCUCGCCCCGAGAGGGACUCCGUCACAACACAAGCCAGCAAAUUACGCCAGCGACCCAGACUCAGAUUCCGAUGGCGGCGUUGAUAUCGAAGGCGACGUGUCCAUGCGCCCAGCGAAACGCGCCCGCGGCGAAAACUACGAGAUUGUCACUCCUGGUGAAAUCAUUACCGACGACCCCCAGUGGCUCUCUUGCUACAUUUCUGCAGAAAUUCUGACUGAUAAACUCGACAGAGGUCACGGCACCUACGUAACACCCAGCACGACCGAAAUCGUUUCGUCCGUCGCAGGAACAGUAACCCGCACCAACAAGCUCCUCUCCGUCCGCCCCCUCCGCGCACGCUACACUCCUGAAAUCGGUGACCUCGUCGUCGGCCGCAUAGUCGAAGUGCAAGCCAAGCGUUGGCGUGUGGACGUCGGCUCCUCGCAGCUUGCAAUCCUCCAGAUCUCUGCUAUCAACCUCCCUGGCGGUAUUCUCCGCAAGCGUACAGAUACAGAUGAGCUCCAGAUCCGCUCCUUCUUCGCGGAAGGCGACCUUGUCGUUGCCGAGGUCCAGCAGCUUCACCAGGAUGGCGCGGCCAGUCUGCACACUCGUUCUCUCAAGUACGGAAAGCUGCGCAACGGCGUGUUUGUCGCCGUCACAGGAACCGGAGGCGGCGGCGGUGUAGUCAGAGCCAAGAGGCAGCAGUGGGUCAUGGACGCAGCGAGAGGCGCGGCCAAGGUACACAUUACUCUCGGAGUCAAUGGAUUCAUCUGGAUUGCCAAGCACGUCGAAAGCGAGAUGCCAGAGUCGGUGGGCUUAAAUCGCAUGGAGGAGAACGUGAGCGCCAACGUCUAUUCAAGCCAGAACGACAGGAUCGACGUUGAGACGAUGCGGGAGAUUGCACGGAUACGAAGCGUGAUCCUGGCGCUGGUAGAGAACGGUUUGCGCGUGGACGAGGACAUGGUCGUCAGGGGCUACAAGGAGGCGGUCGAGAUGGGCCUGGAGAGCAUCGAGGACGACAUCUACCUUGGCGGCGAGAGGGGGAAGCGGCUCGCAGAGGCGUUGCUGAGAGAGUAG